AGUCGGAUGCGGUACCUAUAGACUCCUACAUAGGUAGGUUUGGAUCGACGUCUUACCAUAUAUAUACAUACAUACAUGGGGUGACGGAGAUUGAUCGAUUCUGCCAUCAAUCACGCGUUCCGAGCCGCCUUCCUAACGAAACGACCUACUUGACCGUACGUCUUCUUCCUCGAUUUGAUCUCCUCACAAACCGACGGGGGAGGGUGUCGACAUGGACAUGGAGCACCCCGACAUGCUGGAGGAAAUACUCCGGCACCUACCGCCGCGCGUCCUCGCCGCCGCCCGCUGCGUCUGCAAGGCCUGGCGCGCUACCGUCGACCACCACCGUCUGCUGCGCGUGGACCUGCUCCCUCUCUCGCUCGACGCCGUCAUCUACGACGUAAACCACAUAGCGCCCCCGAAGCUCUUCGCCCGCCGCUCCACGACACGAUACAUCACCAGCAGGCUCGACUACCUCGACAACCGGCCAGGCUACGCCGAGUUCACCGGCGAGAUGGCAGACUACUGCAAUGGCCUCUUCUUGACUCUGAACGGCAAGGUGGUCAAUCCGGCCACACGGCAGUGGGCGUCGUUGCCCUGGAUAGAGUGCGGACGCUGCGACAAGAGCAACCGCUACCUCGUCUAUGACCCCACCGUCUCGCCACAUUAUGAGGUGUUCUACAUCCCACGUAUCCCUAACGAUGCGGCGUGCAGGGCGGAGUGGCCACCUUCGACGUAUGUCAUGCAGGUUUUCUCCUCCAAGACGAAUUGUUGGAGGGACAAGUCAUUUGUACGAGAAGGAGAUGCUGCAGGAACGAUCGCUGAUGUGAAAUCACAUUGGAGAUCUGAUGCGAAUAUGUACUACGCCGCUUACUGGCAGAGGUCGCUCUACGUUCCUUCUAGGCAUACAAACGGUGGUUUUAUUUUGAGAAUAAACUUAUCGAAUGAUAAGUACAAAGUAAUUAUGCUGCCAAAACGAGGCAAAGGUUUACUAGAGCGUAUAGGAAAAUCAAGGAAAGGGGUCUAUUGUGUACUGGAUGUCGAUGGCCUAUCCACAUAUCAGAUUUGGUUUCUUUCUGAAUCACGUGGUGUGAUAGACUGGGUUUUGAAUAACGAAAUCAACUUUGAGACAGCAUGGAGAAUAUAUCCCUCUAAGGAUAUUGACAGUGGACCAUGGAUCUCACAGUCACUUGAUCAGGCGGAAUUAUUGUUGAAAAAUGACGUCAACCUUAAAGUCGUAUGUGAAUACAACGCGGCACUAUCCAAAGAUGGGUUUGAAUGGGAGUCUAAUGAUGGAAGUGUUGUUACCACUAUGGACUGUCCGAAAGCUUCGAAUAAUUAUUUUUUGUGCCUGGGAUUUCAUCCUUACAAAGAAAUCGCCCUUUUUCAUAAUGAUUAUAGAAGCAUGACAUUUGCUUAUUAUUUCAAUAGCUCAAAGGUUAGAUACUUGGGAAUAAUGGAGCAUAUGUAUUCCGAUCUGGAGAUUUCUUUUGCAUACGCACCCUGUUGGAUGAUGGACUUACCAGGAAGCAACUGAUGAAUGCCAAGUUGUAUGCCUGUUAGGUUUGCAGUCAAUGCCAAACUUCUCAUUGUAUCUUUAAUAAAUAUAUCCCUUUUAUCGGAUCGGAGGUAGUAUUGGUUUUCAUAUGGGUUGUGACACACAACUUACGUACCGACCUACCUGAUUGUAACACAUAUACAAGUAAUGGUGUAUUGGUGUAUCUGAAAGAACAAGGAGGACACAC